UGCACUAACCACUGCAGGAAGGGCGUGCGAAUGUUUCGCUUCCCAACCAGCCCGAGCCGAAGAAAACGCUGGCUCGCGCAAGUGAAGCGAGACUGCUGGGAGCCCACCACCGCUUCACGUGUUUGCUAUGCUCAUUUCGAAGAUUCAAGCUUCGAACAGAAAAGGCAAGAUGGCUUGAAGAAAUUGAGGCCAGAUGCCGUUCCAACAGUUUUUGCUUUUCGAGCCGCCCCCAAACAUCGGAAGCCACCAAAGAAGCGCAGCUGUCCUGUGCAGCCUUCCUGCGAUGCCACCCCUGCAACUUCCCCGGAGCCACACCAGCCUUUAGAUAGCGAUUCGACUAAGAUGGAUGACAGUGCUCCAGUGCCAACCUUAGUUGUAGAAGAAGAAUCUUGUCAUGCCGGAAAUGAAAACGCUCAUGAAUUGACAUCUGCGAUGGCACCGUGCUUGUUCCCACAGCACCCCAAUGGCAUUCCUGUUCCAAACAGCACGAACAGUGUUGGUCAGUCACGCGAUGUCAGCGCCACACAUCAACCAUUUGGAGGCAAUGGAGGCUCAUCUUCGGUGACCAUCGGGCAAGAAAAUGCAGAGUUACGCAAGAAAACUAGUGAUCUCACUCGCAAGUACAUAAACUUGCAGAGGGUUCACGAUAAAACAAGGUUGAAGCUACAGAGCCUGAGAAAAAAAGUGUCCUCACUUGAAAAAAAAGUGCGCACUGAAAUCGGCAUCAUUUCUCAAUGA